AUGGAUGGCAGUGUCGAUUUUUACAGAAACUGGAAUGAGUACUCCGAUGGAUUUGGGACUAUGGAUACAGAAUUCUAUUUAGGUAAUCAAGCUCUAUAUGAGAUAAGUGGAGACAGAAAUUUUGAGCUCAGAAUCGAAUUGACAGACCAAACAGGAGAAUACCGUUAUGCCAAGUACUCCGACUCGGUUGGAAGUCCUGAAUCUUUAUAUACUUUGUACAUCACAGGAUAUACUGGAAAUGCUUCUGACAGCUUAGGUGCUCAUAAUGGAUAUAACUUUUCUACAUAUGACAUGGAUAAUGAUAUCGCAAAGGAUUAUGAUUGUGCUACGUUGUGGCGUAGUGGUUGGUGGCAUGUGUAUUGUGGGCUCAGCAAUCUGAACGGGUUGUAUGGAAGUGUUGGAUAUCAAGGAUUAACGUGGCACUACUGGAAUAAUACAUUUUCUCAUGUUAUGAGCUCAACACGAAUGAUGAUGAGGCUAAAGGAAUAUUGA